AUGAGCUUCCCAACUAACAGUAUCGAAUACUGUCCCGUCCGGACAAACAUCGACUGGUCUCAAGUCCAGUUCUCGGAUUAUCCUAAUCAAGAAGUGCAGGUAGCGGACUACUCCAAGGUUGAAUACUUCCAACCCUCUGACUCCGACGAGGAGCAGAGCGACGACGCCGUCCAGAAUGGCAACGGCACAAAUGGACACGCUGCUGAGGCCGGUGAUGUAAAUGGCGGAGAACCUCUCUCUCCCACAUCACCUAUGGAUGGCACAACACCCAUCAGCAGCAAGACGGCCAAAAACAAGGCCAAAAAAGCAAAGCAAAAGGCAAAGGAAAAGGCGAAGAAAGCCGCUGCUCUGUCCGGGGAAUCCACCCCGUUGGAGACCCCAAUGACACCAUUGUCGCCCACAUCACCCACCGGCCAGCUUGGCGAGGGUGAAGAGACAGCUACUCCCAAGAGCAAGUCCAAGAAGAAGAAGAAGAAGUCCAAGUCAAAGAACAGCUUGGAUUCUGCCCCUACUACUCCACCCCCAGAACUUGCUUCUCCCGGAGAAGUAAGCACCAAAGAGCCCGAGUCUGCUGCAGCUCCUGAGCCGGUGAAAGACGUCACUGAGGACGCCCCUGCUCCAGCCGAAGCCACCAAGGCCGUCGAGCCGGAACAGCCUAGUGAGAGCAGUACGGCAGCUGUGGAACCCCCUAACGACCCCGUCCCAGAGGGCACUGCCCCCGGCGUGUCUGAGGAGGUCGCUGAGCAGGCCCAGACCAACGGAGAUAGCCCUGCUUCUGCAGAAGUCGAUAACGGCGUCGCUGCUACCGAAGAGAAGCAAGAGGCUGCACCGGAACCGAUUGUAGACGCCGCCGAGCCCGGCGAAGCGAAGGAGGACGUCACAGCCGAUACUCCCGUCAUUGACGAUUCGGCCCCAACCUCCGUAGAGGAGCCCGUCGGCAACGACGUAUCCCAGCAGCCUGCCCAGGAGUUACCAAGCCUCGACAGCAAGGACGAGGCUGCUCCUGCGGUUGUGGAGACCAGCGAGGCUCCCAAAGAGGCUGAGAUCCCCGAGAGCAAAGACGACGUCAGCCCCGCUGAUGUCGAACCUGUUCAGCCGGCCGAGGAAAGCCAAAUUCCAGCAGCUCAGGAAGAAAUCGCUGCCUCAGCGGAAGAGACCAGCGAACCAGCCAAGGAAGCCGACACUGUUCAGAGCCAAGAGCCAAGUGCAGCUACCAGCGACAAUGCACCAGAGCCUCAGCAGCCUGAGGCUGACGUCCCAACAAAAGAAGAGGUAGCUGUCGUACCUGAAGAGACUUCGCCUGCUGAGGCCAAGGAAGCAGACAUUGACGCCGGAGUCGUCAAGGAGGACAUCCAGGAACCAUCUGUACCCGAGCCAGACACCGCCGGCAGCAACGUCGAGGAGGUCGCGGCGCCCGCGUCAUCUGAAGGCCCAGAGGAGAAGUCUGAGAUCUUGGCCGAGUCUCAGCAGGAGCCCGUGAGCACUGAGAGCCAAGAAACAGCGGCACCUACUUCUGAGGAGACAGAAUCAGCUUCAGUCGAGGAAACGUCAACGCCAGCGCCUCUCAGCACCGAGGAGUUGAAGCCGCAAGCCGACCUCGUGCAAGACGACCAGGCGGAAGUCGCUGACGCGGCUCCGCUAGCCACGGAUGAGCAGCCUGCGGCUUCAGAACCUACGGAAGAGUCCAAACCAGCCGAACAGACUGCCGUGCCUGAGCUGGCGGGCUUGGAGGCAAAGGAGUUUUCUCAGGACGAUGCCGCUGAGCCGGAGCCGGCGAGCAACGCUGCUGAUCCCGAAAUCGUAUCUGCUCAGAAUGAGGUCACUUCAGCUAGCGAGCAGCCAGCAACUGUCAACUCAGAGGAGGUCCCAGAAGUUGCAAUCAUCGUAGAAAGCCAGGACGUCGAUCAGGCUGAGGAGGCGGCUGCCAAGGACGAGCCCAGUGAGCCGGUUCCUGAAGCUGUCAGCGAGGACAAGCAAGAUGAUGCCUCAGAAGCCCCUGAAGUUAGCAACGAUGACAAGAAAGAUGACAGCACACCGGUCCAGAUCGAGCAAGAAACAUCGCCGGCACCGGCAGAACCUCAAGCUACUGUUGAGGAAGCCAAGGAGGACAUCAUCUCGCAAGAGGCCGAGGCAAUCCAAGAACCGAGCGCCGACAAAGCGGAAGAGAGCCCAGCAGUCGUCUCCGAGGACGCUCAAGAGAGCGUUCAAGAGGAAAGUGCGCCAGCGGAGCACAAGCCCGAGGAGAGCCAAGUUACGGAGAGCCCUUCAGUCGGUGACGACGCUCCUGCGAGUUCCGAGGUCGCCAAGGAGGCUUUGCCGGAACAAGCAUCAACUGAGAGCGAUGCUGCUACGGCCGUUCCCGCUGCCGAGGAAGUCGCUUCACCUGAGAGCUCUUCUGAGAGCGCACCUGUUGAGGUUAUCGCCGCCAGCGUCCCUACUGCUGCUGAAGAGGUCACUUCCCCGGAGAGCGUGCCUGCUGGUACCGAAUCCCCAAACGAGGAGCGCGAGUUGAAGACCGAGGAUGCCCCUAACACAGAGGACACGCCUGCAGUUGAGGAGACGCCUGCAGUUGAGGAGACGCCCGCCGUCGAAGAGACGCCUGCAGUUGAGACGCCCGCAGUUGAAGAGACGCCUGCAGUUGAGGAGACGCCUGCAGCUGAGGAGACGCCUGCAGUUGAAGAGACACCUGCAGUUGAAACACCCGCAGUUGAAGAGACGCCUGCAGUUGAAACGGCACCUGUUGCCCAGGAAUCGCCCGCCACUGAAGAGACUUCGGCGGAUGCUCAGCCAUCGCAAGAAGAGACUCUGGAGAAGGUCGAGGAUAGCAAAGAACAAGCUUCCAGCGAGAGCAGCCCCGACGCACCCCAAACCGAAGAUGCCAAGGACACCGCCGAAGUGGUACCUGCCAGCGUCGAGGAGAUCCCAGCCAGCGUCGAGGAGGCCCCUGCCAGCGAAUCCAAGGAAGCAGAAACGCCGCAACAAGCAAUUGCACAAGAGUCUGCACCCGUGCCACAAGAAGCGAGCGCCCCUGAGCCUGAGCCUCAAGCCGAGGAUGAAAAGGCCGCCGAUCUGCCAGUUCAGAAGGAUGAGGACAUCGUCGAGAAGGCCGUGGAACCAAGCGCGGAAAGCACCGAGGACGUCCAAAAAGAAAGCUCAGAAGUGCCCGAGACUCAAAAUGAAGUGCAAGAGACGUCAGCUGAGCAAACGUCGGACACGCCUGUGAACGUUCCCGUGGUCGAUGGUACGACAGUCCCCGAAGAGACUACCCAGAAGCUGGAGGAGCCUGAAGUCCAGCCUGAGAUCAAGGACGAUGUCCAACCUGAGGUCAAGGACGAUGUCCAGCUUGAGGAGAGCACGCCUGAGGAGAGCAAGCCCGAGGAAACAGUCCCCGUGGAGUCGGGCGGAAGCGUUGAGACAGAGAAGGAAGAGACCGAGGUUACCCCUGAGGUGUCUGCUGAGUCACAGCCUGUCCAGGCAGAGGGCAUAUCAGAGCCAGAGACCCAAGCACCGGAGACCGUUGCAGAACCGGAGACCGCUGCAGAACCGGAGACUGCUGCAGAACCGGAGACCGCUGCGGAACCGGAGACUGCUGCGGAACCGGAGACGGAGCUCGAAAAGCCAGUAGAGGCGCCAGCUGAGCCAGAAGUAGCUCAGACAGCGGUGACCGACUCACAGCCCGAGAAAGAAGAGGACAAGGUCGCUGUGGAAGAAGCCGCGCAGCCCGAAGCUUCACAGGCGGAAGAAGCCGAGCCACAGCAGCAGAGCCCAGCGGAUGCUGCCGCUCCCGAGGCGGCCGAGAAGGCUCCCGAGGCGGUUGAGGAUGCUCCCGAGGCGGUCGAAAAGACCCUCGAGCCUACGGAUCAGCCGACGGACACUCAAAAGCUUCCCGAGAAGGAAAUACCCGCUGAUGAGCAGAAGGAGCAAGCCUCGGUCGUGGAGGAUGGAAUUAACGCAGAAAUUUUGGCGGACAAAGGUGAGGUCCCCCCGACUGCAAUUGAUGAUACCCAUGAUGUUCAGAGCCAUGUUGCUUCAAAUCCUGUCGACGAGAAUUUGCUUGCCGUGGGGGAAAGCCAAAGCCGUGAUAUCUCUGUCGAGAGCACGGAAAUACCAGGCCAGAUCGAGGAGGCCACCAGCACUGCUUCAGGCACGGAAGUUGCCCAAGCUACGACUGAAAGCACGACUGUCGAGGACACGUCUAAUGAUAAUGAAUUAAUGACGUCGAACGAUGCCGACGAAACGAUACCCGUUCAGACAGACGUCGAAACACCUGUCGUCGAAACUUUAAGCACCAGCGAAGAUCAACCGGCAACGUCCGAAGUCGUCGGACAUGAGCCCGGGGCCGAGAUUUCGAGCGGUGACAACAAAAUUGACCGACCUGAUGAGGUCGUUGCGGAGGCCGAUACUCCGACAGAGACAAUCGAGGAGGCCACCUCACAGGAGGCUAUCCCACAGGAGGCUGGCGAACAGACCCAGCCCGACAACACCGAGAGCGUAGAGCACCAAGGUCAAGCAGAUGCUCACGAGCCAACGAGCGUGACCAAUGAGUCUGACGCUACUCUUGAGGACUCAACCGACAAGUUGGUUGCCGGAGCUGGCGCGUUGGCAGCUGGGUCUUUGUUGGUUGCCCCUGCGGUGGUGGAAGCAGCCCGUGAUGCUGUCAAGAAUGACGACCAGAGCUCCCAGGACGACAUAGUUCGGGACACUUCUGAGGGUAUCCCCAACGAGCCUUCGGCUCAUGAUCUCCCCCUUUCUUCCCCCUCCCCCGAUGCUGCUACGACUGUUGCAUCCUCCAAGAAUCAAUCUGCCGGGUCACAGUACGGCACCUUCACAUCAGAUCAACAAGAACCGCAAGCCGUUCAAAGUGACUUUGAAUUGCGCGAGCGUUCUGUUGCCAGCGGUGCCAAAUCUUCAGCCAAGUCUUCUCAGCAGGACGUCGUGGUGAAGGAUGAGGUUGUGGCUAAGCCAAGCGCUGCAUCUACAACACCAGGCAAGCUUACCAUCCUUGCGUCCAUGGCCCUCGAUAUCCUUGAGUCGCCUGAUGAGCCAGGGCCCGUGAGUGCCAACGACAAUGACCCGGUCGUUGUGCAGGAGGGCGUAAAUACUGGGUCUGGGGACGGGGAUGAGGAUCAGGGAGAUCGUGAUGAUGAAGCCGUUGUGAGAGAUGCUGACGAAAAGGAUAUCGCCACUCAAUCUGCGGUCGAAGAUGUUGCUCAGCCAGUCGUCGAAGACUCGAAUGACUUCUCCGAGCCGCCGAGUUCACCAAUUGUCCUAGAACCAGUCGAGGAAGUCCCAACCAUUGAUUCAAGCGAACAGCAAGCAGACUUGAGCACCGAAAUCGCGCAAGUAAUACGAGAAGGUGACCAACAUGAGUCUGAGCAUACCUUGGAGCAAGACAUCGAAUCGCCAUCAGUACCGCAAGUCGAAUCUGGCACAUUAGAAGAACAAUCCGCGAAUCAGUCCGAAGACAUCCUCAAGGACGAGGCGUUGCCUGGAGAACCGAUCCCUGAGAACACGGAACCAGAUGAAGUCCAACCAGAGCCGUCUUUGCAUCAAGACGAGAUCGUCUCCAACCCAGAUGAGCAGCCAGCAGCCGUCUCUGAGCAACAGCGUCCAUUGACUCCUAAUAUCAUCGAGGACUCACAGAUCGAGUCAAAUACCGAAUUUUCUCCUGCAUCUACUGAGAGAAAAUUGCCUGAGCCCAUUAUCGUUGCGCCGUCUUCUCCUGGUCAAAACACUGAGGAACCUGCCGUGGUCGAACAGUCUACCAUCGACGCCACCACUGUCGAACAACCCAGCGUUGAAGCCCCGGUACAUGAUCAUUCUACAGUCGAGCAGGCUGAUGAUACGGGACACCAGCCAGACGCUCAGCUUCCGGAAGAAAUUGUAAUUGUACAACAAGAGCAAGUCGACAAAGAUCUGUCACCCGAAUUGUCACAUGAAAAUCCACCCGAUGUGGAGCCAAGCGCACAAGACCAGGCAGGAUCGGAAGGGGAGCCCGUCAUUGACGAAACAACUCUGGGCGAAUCUCAUAGCCCAGAAGAACCCAAAGAUCCCGGGGAGAGCCGACCUGACUUGGAAAAUCUCGAAGAUCCGCAAGUCACAGAUACAGUCGAUUCAGAGCAACCAGGUGGCUCGGAUGACGCACAACCAGAAAUUGAGCUCGAGCAAGGGGACCAAGAAGACACUGUCUCACCCGAGGAGCCGUCAGACUUGAGCCCCGUCGAAGAACAUGUUCAGUCAAGUAGCGGGUCCGCCGAUGUUGCGCCCGAUGCUCCCUUGGAUCAAGUGGAGGAGAAAUUAGAAGACCAACUGUCACCAGGCGAUGUUGAGAAAUCUUCUGAGGAGGCUGCCGUGUCGUCCCCCAAUCCUGACCAGAGUGACGACACAGUACCUGCCAUUACCUCACUUGAUGAUUCCCCUGGCGACGCCAUUGGCACGCAAGAGGAUUCUCACCAGGCCGAGGCUGCUGAAGCUUCUGAUGAGGUACCUGCAGACAACACGAUAGGCACUGUGGAUGGCUUGGACCGUGACUCUCUCGGAUUGCCUGCUGAGGAAGAAUCAUUCAAGGUCGAACAAGACGCACCUGAAGCCUCUCUGGAAUCUUCGGACGUUUUGCCCGUAGCUGACACAUCUACCGUGGAAGAGACAUUGCACAGCGGUGACGCUCCAACACAGGAGGAAACGCAUCAAGAACCUGAUAACGAGACUAUCGACAACCUGGUUGUGCCAUCCAAUACCAGUGUCGAAGAGUUGUCACCAAGCCCUCUGGAGCAAGAACCAGCUAUCGGCGACAUGUCAGAGCCUCAACCUGAUACCGCUGCCAACGAGGAUGUCGCCAACGAAGGUGUUGCCAACGAGGGUGUCGCCAACGAGGGUGUCGUCAGCGAAGACGUCGUCAGCGAAGAAAUCGCCUCAGAGCAACCCGUGACAAGCGAACAUGUUGAAGACACCGUGGAGGAGCCACAGCUGCCAAUCUCGACAUCUCAAGAUGAACCUUCAGCCGAAGGCCAGGCUCCCAAUAUUGACUCAGAGCAAGUCAAAGGCCAAGACGACGGCACAGAAGACGAGGAGGGUAUCGCAAAUGAGGCUAUUCCUCCACCCGUUGAAGCUUCAGUCAAUGAAGAUGAGCCUGUGACGAAGGAGCUAGAAGUCCUUCCAGAAACUGUGGCGCCCGCUGAUGAACCUGCCGACAUGUCACUGUCUAAAGAUGACCUCGAAACAUCUACAACGGCACCUGAAGACACAACAGUCGUUGCCAGCGAAGAACAGGACAACAAUAUCUCUGAGGCGACUGGAGUGGACGCUCAACCUGACGUAUCGUCCGAAGUCGUGGUUGAUCACUCUGCGAAUGAACUUGACACUGUCACCGGGCCAACUCUACCUGUCUCUAGCAGUGAGAACGCCUCUGCACAAGCUUCCCCUGAGCCACCAUCUUCAGGCCAAGAUGAGGCAGUAUCUCGUGAACUCGAGAAUGAUGAGACGCUGAGCCCGCCAGAGGUUCAGCCGCACGACGAUGCUGAGCUUUCGAAAGAGCCAGGCGAUGGUGUUGGUGAAGAGCUAGUCCAGCAGGAUGGCAUUGCAAUUCCUGAACAACAAAAUGCUGAAUCUGCAGUAGAAGUUCAAGAGAAUGAGCCUCCUGAGGGGCAGGAAACUCUAGCCGAACCUAUCACAGACGCAGCCAGCUCCAAAGGGGAAGAUCCCGCUCUCGAGGGCGCUACGGAAGACCCUGCUUCUAAAGACAUCAGCGAGCAAGAUCAAAUGCCAGCAGAACCCGACGAAGAGCCGGUCAUCGCUGAGGAAACUUCGGCAGAACCAACUUCAGGUGCGGAUGUAGUCACAGACGCCUCAUCGCCAGAGGAAUCCGAGACUCCAACUGAGGAUGCAUUGCCUACCGUUGAAGAUCAUGGGCCAGAUAGCACAGAACAGUCUGGGCCGGCGGCGGAGGUAUCUGAAGACGAUAGUCAUCUCAAAGAAGCUGGAAUUGCCGCUGUCACUGCUGCCGCAGCUGGAGUUGCUGUUCACGAACUCGUGUCUAGCAAGGAAACAGAAGGCGACGACCAAGUUGCCGUUCCUCAGUCUGCAGACGAGGUUGAGCGGCCCAAAACAGCUGACAAAGCUACUGGUACGCCGGAGGCAACGACUCCAGAUCAGAAUGACCUCGAAGUGCGGUCGAUCUCAUCAGCUGCCCCUGACAGCCCUGAGGAAGUCUCUUCGCAACAGCCGCUGUCCGAAUCUUUCACCAUGGUCGAUCCGCGAUUGAGCAGUGACCAGGACCGAUCCGUCGCAGACUCGACUGAAAAGCCAGUGCUCCUGAGCCGCGUUGAUUCAUCGACCCAGACUGAUGAGCUGUGGCGGCCAAAGACCCCUCUUGCCAGAAGCAGCACUCCUGGGAUAGUGUUACCGGAUCCCAAUGAUGAAGAGACCAAGGGAAUGAAUCGGGGCAGAAGCGUCAGGAGAAUGAGCAAACAGAGUGUGAAGCAAGCCGAAGAAGUCGUCGCCGCUGCAGUCAUCAUCCGCGCUGCGGCCGACACUCUUGGCGAAACCAGCGAUCGGAUGGCAGGUCACGUCAAGGAUUUGAAGCAACAUGGAGAAACAACCGCUCCUGCGACAUUGCAGGUUGAUGGGAGGGGUACGAGGGUUGCGGAUACUAGCACUCCUUAUGAUUUCAUCGCUAACCCAACUACAGGCAAGGAGUCUUCUAAGGCAGAUGACAAGCUUCCGAGAUCACCACGUUCAAAAGAGCACAGGGCUAGUCACUCCUCACGGUCUAGUCGCCCAAGCACACGUGAGGAUGGCACCAUCAGAUCCUCACACCAUCGACACUCGUCUCACAGGCACCGGCCAGAUGGCGAGCGAGAUGCUGAGCAAAGCCCACGCACACCGCCAAGACGUCAAGAUACCGCUGAGAGCGCACAGGGCAGCCACAGCUCUCGUUCUCGUCGCGAGCGCACACCUCAAGAGCAAGCCGAGCACGAACGACGCAAGGAGGAGCGUCGUCGAGAGAGGGAGAAGGCGAAGGCCGAGUCACCGGUUGCGGAAGCCAAGGGAAAAGAAGUCGAGGCACCACCAUCGGCCGAUCGCUCUCACCGAAGCUCUCGGCGCCACAGCUCUACGCGCCACAGUGUUACUUCGCCCUCCAACACUUCCAAGACCGAGUCGUCAGCUCCCGCGCCAAGCAAGAAGUUCUUCGACAUGAAGAACGGCGAAAGCGUGAUGGGUUCCAACUUCGGCGGUCCUCUGACGGCCGAUACCGCCUCCACUUCCACCAAGGAUAAGGACACUGUCUCAUCCUCUCGCCGUUCCAAGGACGUCACCCGGCCACCUCCAGUUGAGCUCAAGCGAUCCAGCACCACACGCUCCAGCAAGGGCAUCCGGCGCUCACUGGACCAGUCUCAUGCGAAGCUCCAGAAAGCUCGUGAGCAGGAGUCCACGAAGGCGGCCAAGGAGAGCCACCCACGUGGGGACAGCAGCUCCCCUGGCCCGGGUGCUUCAGCUGAGACGAAGAAGUCAAAGGAGGAUGACAAGCACCGCAGGUCGAGGCUCGAGAAGCGUGAGAAGGAGGAGAAGGAUGAGAAGAAGAAGAGUGGUGGUCUCAAGGGCAUGUUCAAGAGGCUCUUCUCGAACUAA